CGUUCAUCAGUCGAUGUAUGAUGCUAUCAAAGAAGGAAAGAUGAGAUCAAGGUCCAACAAUAAAGAAAAAGAAGUUCCUCAGCCUCAAGCCGCGCCAGGAAAGCCUACAUAUAGCUCAGCGUCUGGAAUAUCAAGUGGACUUAAUCACUCCCAGAAUCAUCCAUACGACAAUAAGGACUCCAAAAACUCGCAUUCGACAUCCAGUUCCAAGUGGUCUUCUUCUGCACCUCACAGCCAGAGUUACCAUCCAACGAGUGGAUUCGCUUACAAAUCGGCUGACUAUGGACAUCAAGAAAGACCGAGCAAGACCCGUGAUGCAGAACCACUGAAAGAGUUGCCUUGCCCAAAGGAAACAUACGAAAAUACGAAACAUGCCCAACAAGGGUCUAGCAAUAGUGGCGGUUCUGAAUGGUACAGGAAUUUUGACCAAUUUUUUGGCGACUAUUCGCCCUUCCAAUAGCCACAGGCGUAAAGUGACCUCCUUUAACCUACGAAGGUCGUUCAUUAUGAUAGAAAAACAACGGUUCUUUUGUAUAGUUUUUGACGUAAUCUACUACUACUACUGCUAUUUUGCUAAUCUCCUUCAUUCUUUUCAUUUUCCUCAA